CUGUGUGGGAUGGGUGUUGCUCCUCGGGGCGUGUCGUCGCCACACCUGAGCUCUGCAUACUGCACAGAAAAUGAGGCAGCAGCAGCAGCUGUCAUCCUGUCAGCAAGUGGUAUCCGUGUAGUUUUUCCCCCACUCCGCGACUUUUUUCAUCAGCUUAGAAGCGAUCCUCAGCGGGCAAGAAGUUACGGCUCGUGGAAAAACCCGCCGGUCCCGCUGACAUCACGCCCGGUAGAGAUGGCGAAGAGCUCAUCCAAAAGAUCUCUGAAAAGUUUGUUCUCCAAGUUCGAUGACAAAUUGGACGAAUCGGUGGAGAAGGAUGUGGACAAAAAUAAGCGCGAGAAGAAGAAGUUUUCUUUCCUAAAGUUCAAGACAAAGCCGAAGAAUGACUCUGUCCCCCUGAAGCCGGAGUUGCUCAGUUUACCCCUUAGUGCUGCUGAGCCCAGUAACACUUCCGAGGAUGAAGAGGCCUUCGUUGAUAAAGUCGCUCCGGACGUCAAGCAGAUUUCUCUCUAUGGCACCGCACCAAGGUCAAAGGACAAAGAAAUCAGCUACUCAGAGUUGGACCUCCGUAAGCCCAAAGGGGUUAGUAGCUUCUCCUUUGGGUUUAGAAAGAAGAAGAAGAGUGAUAAAGGAAAUAUCUCUAAGAGCACUUAUGGCCUUUAUCGACCGGACAUCGAAAAACAAGCGGAGACUCCUACAGACCUCAGUCAGAUGGAGUUGGAUAAGGCCACCACGAAGACAAUGUUCAGCAUGUCUCAACCAGAGCUCGACACCAGCAAAACAUUCAACAUCCCUUCUCCUCCCCCUAUGACCACAAACCAGUCAAAAUCCUUUACUAUCCCUAACAAAUCACAGUCAUCUGUUGACUUAAACACCGAACUAAAUGCGAUGGAACCUCUGAUAAAUGUCUCCAAUGUUUUUGAUGCGUAUCAGGAACCGCAGAAAGCACCGAUUGCUACCAUCAGUGAGCUGCAGCUGGACAAAACAGACUCAACAGAGGAGAAAGAGAACAUCCCCGUGCAUGAUAACACCAAUCCACCUGACUCCAUGUCUCAUACAGAAACCAACUCUGAUGUCAAUAACCAGACUGUGCCCAGCAUUCCAGCUACACAGCUUCCAAACUUGCUUGACACCUCAGAUAAACCAGUAGCAGUUGUGGAUUCUGUCUCCUUUAGCAACAGCCCAUGUGAUAAUAACAUCCUCCAGCAGUCUCACACAAAAACUGAAAUCUCUCUUGCUGAUACCACCAGAAUAACAUCAUCACAUCAUCAACCUGAUGCCCCUGAUGUAGAUGACAGUACAACUCAAAAUGGCAAACUCUCCCUGGCAAGUGUUGGCUCCAAAAGUGAUGCCGCAAUUGCAGAGUCAACCUCUGUUCCUCAGGCUGAAAAACCAGCCCCCAGCUCAGACUUUGCUACUGUCCAUCAAGAAGUCUCAAUUUCUCGCACUGAGAGAUCUAUUCUCGAAAGUGCCAUGAGUGUCAAGACCACCUCGGCUGUUAGCGGGAAGAGGGGUUCUUGUUCUGUCAGUCCAGAUGCAGUUUACGGAGCAUUGUAUGAGUCACUUUUCCCACAGAGUUUUACCUCAGAGGUAUUGUCAUCCCUCUCAAACCUGUCGCCUCAAAUCCAUACCGAGAUUAGACAACCUACCACAAGAUCAGAACCUGUCAUGAUUAAAACUUGUCACACAGAAACUGUUUACUCUGACCUGUCGGCUUCACAUGAGUUUAACUCUACUCCUUACAGAAUGGAUGAUGCUAUAGGGGAUUAUACUAACGUAAAAGCCACCUUUAGCGAGAGAAAGGUGAUUUCUUUUUCCGAGAGCUCCAGAUUUACUUCUUACCAAACUGCUGUUGAGCCUCAGAGAGCCUCAUAUACACACCCCCAAUAUCUACCUUCCUCUCUCGAUUCAGGUUUUGAACCAGUUGACAGUGAUAAAACUCCUUACUCAGAGCCGAGCCGCUCCCUUUCAGAGGUGAAAUCAGACGGUUUUAGCCUCCUUCAGGACAGGUCAGCCCCUGUGGUUCAAAGCUCCUCCCCUCCUAUUUCAGACAAUGCAACAUCCCAAGGGGCAGACAUUCAGGUUACAGAUUCCAAACGGAGAGGAAUUGUAGUCAAAGAGUUAGUCAGGGACGAAGCAAGUGCCGGUCCUUCUCCCUUAACUGAAAAAAUGAGUGCCGCAAAUCCUCUUGAGGUAACAAUAGAAAAAAAAGAGACUUUUUCUGCUCCUUCUGGACAAAGGGACGGUUCUGAUGGGCCUUUAAGUCCAGCAUAUCUGAGUUUAGGAUCAGAUGAUGGCAGUGUCAUGGAGAUCUACUACAGUGCUGAAGAGGACAACGCACAGGAGAGCGGGGAUGAACAGAUGUACACGGUGGAUAAAAUAAAACAACUCUCCGAGUUAGACGGGGUUAAAAAGGACUGGCUGCAUGAGUUUCCACAGCAGGGGGAGGUUGCAGAAAGAGGGAUAGAAGACAGAGAUGAGGGAAAAUUUCGGGUUGUAAUUGUUAAACUGCAGAAUGAAGUAGGCAAAAUGGCCAAUGAUGAAGAGAAAAAGGGUGUCAAUAGCCAAAUUGAAGUGGAGGAACAUGUAGGAGGUCUGAGGUUAGAGGCUGAAGUGCAGGAAAUGGAAACAUCUCAGUUUCUCGUGGGCAAUGAUGCAAAGAGUCACAAGAAAGAAGUAGAGACCACAGUGUUGCCACACGUGAAAGAAGAGGGGGAGGAAGAGAGAAAGGAGGAGAUACCAGCCAUACCGGUUCAGCAGGUGAACUCGCUGAUGGUAUGCAGCUUUGCACAACCCUCCAGUGAGUCGCUUGGGCAGGGGGAGGAGUCUGAGGGAAACUGGACCAAGGAAUUGGAAACAGAAGACCCCGAUAAUGGAGGGAAGAAAUUCCCAAUUCAGGGGAUACAAUAUCUGUCACACAAAGAAAUCAUGAUUUCUGAAUACAUGCAUGUAGCUUCCAGUAACCCAAGAGAGGAAGACAUAAUCACACCCAGAUUUAGAGAGACAGAAGAGCAAGUUUCAUUGACUGCAGAGGCAGCCAAAAUAGUUGAAGUAGACAAAUACAGCAAAGAAACCAGCAGUAACACUACAACUAGUGCAGUCACAGAUACGUCUGCUGGGGAAGAGGUUGUCACAUGCACUUUGACGCACAGUGCUGAGCUGCAAUCAGAUGCCACAGAAAUUGAACACAAUAGGGCUCCGCAGCGUAGUGAGGGGGUGGAUACAAUUACUCUGAUCACAGAACAAACCAAGACGGUGCAAGAACAGGUGACAGUCGAGCUGUCGGCCCCGAACGCAAACACACACCGUGCUGAUCCUGGAGAGACGCCAUCAGAGAGGCACAGCCAUCCGGCAGAAGUGCAACCCGACCUGAAUCAGGGGUCCCUGACAGCAUCAAGGACGCCCACAGCAGCUUCAGAAGUCUUUGCUUUAGAAAACCCGCCACCUAAAGCCGACAAGGAAUCGGUUGACAAUAUGAAUUCAGGCUACAGUAGCCUGAGCACCAAACUGUCCAUAAAGAACUUUUCUCUCCCUAAGGAAGAUGAAUCCAUGAAUCGUUUCCAUAAAUUAUCUCUGAUCACUGAGGCCAAUACAAAUGAGGCCAGCCAGGAUACAGUGGACUUCAGUGAAACAAGCACAGCUGUUACUGAAUCAAAUGGAACAGAUAUCGGCUCAGAAUACAAAUGGAGGAAUAGAUUUGAGGGUGUUUCUCAUUAUAAACCAUACAAAACGGACACCUACUCAGAUACUUCCUCUUCCUCCUCCUCCUCAUCUGCUCUGCCCGGGGCAUCAGCGUACCAAAACCUCAGCAAUGCCUCCUCCUCUUCCUUUUCCAAGGAACACAUUACCAUUGACAACAGGCUGAGUGAAGGGACCAAAGAUUAUCUGAAUUAUGAGAGCGAGCCAGCGGCAGCACUGAGAGAUGAGUGGAGGAGGAGUUCGGUGGAGCAGGAGGAGCCGACUGCACCUGCAGGUGAAAGACAGGGGCAGGGAGAGUCAGAGAGGAUAAAGUUGCACUGGGACACACAGCUCACUGUGUCCAGCUUCUCUUCAGCUCAACCAACCAGCCCAAACGUCAUCGACAGUGUCAAAGAAGGAGACGACAGCGACUCAGAUAGUUUUACUGGACUGUUCAAGGCCACACUGGUGGAGCUGGUCUCCGACCCUGCAGCUCCCCCCUGCACUCCCCCUCCCUCCCCCGACGAAGACUCCCCCAGCCAGUUUGACAUGGAUAACCUGGUGGAUACCCUGAAGAGCAUGGGGCCUUCCCUAAGGCCAAGGAACAUGGGCCUACGUGGGCCUCCUCCGGUCCUUGUUUCCUCCCUGCCACCUAUUGUUGAAGAUGCUCCCAUCACUGUCACCCCUGACAUCCCUGUCUCGCUCACCAAUACCCCAAAAAAGAUGGAAUCAACGGUUAACUCUGCCGAGUCCCUCGCAGGACUGUACACCCUGCCUGCUGACCUGGGACUGAAGAAAAAUUUCCAAAGAGACACUCGUUCACCGCUGGAAAUGAUGAAGCUUAGCCAGCAGGACCAGCAGCAGCCUGGAACAAAAGGCCUGAACUUGCCCCUGAGAGCAUCUGCUACCAACAGUUUAGUAAUGAGGAAGUCAUCCGACUCUACUCCUGAGGAAUUAAAAUCCCCAGUGCUGAAUGGAAACGGACUACUUCCUUCUUCUCGCCUGGACAACAGUUUCAUCUUUGGAAGCCACAGGUCAGCAUCCAUAGAUCAGACUUUGGAAAAUGGAAAGGCUCAUGUCCCGCUCUUCCGCACCGGCUCGCUACCUGAAACAGGGCCUUUAAGCGAUCGCAUAAGUCAGGGGCCAAAGGAGCUUGGUGAAAAUGGCACUGGAACAGAACCAGCAGGGUCCCGCUUUGAGCGUUUAUCUUUCCUUUUGAACUCCUCAUCCACCUCAUUGGGCUCCCUAACCGGGGCUGAAGAGGGCAAGGCUCGUAUGAGUCAGCCUCCACUGCUGGGCAUUGGCUCGCCGCCCUCCAGCAACAGUCCUGCGCGCCUUCUCAGCCCCACCGGCUCAAUUGACCUCCAGUUGCCAUUCACCACCACAGACUCACCCUUAUCAACGUAUGGCAAGACACAGGGGAUAGGGACGGGGACUUUUGUAGGUACUGGCCCACUAGGCAGUCCCAUCUUGCAGAGGAACUUCAGUGGAGAGGGCACUGUGGGGAUUCAGAAGACUUCAAUGUUCAACAGUAUUAAUGGAGGGUCCCAGUUCCAGAGCCAAGAACUUGAGUCUGAGAGGAAUUUAGUAUCGAAAUACAGGGCCUUUCCAGAUGCUUAUCUCACUAAAGAGAAGGAGCAUGGGAAGCUCAAUCCUCGUCCUGGAAAGAUGUAUAUCUUUGACCAGCCAGGGAUGUGUGGCCAGAGGAUUGAGGUUCGCAGUGAUGUCAUAGAUGCCACGCCCUGGGAGCUUCAGGAGACCAUCUCCAUCAGGGUCAUCAGAGGAGGAUGGGUGCUGUAUGAGAAGCCUAACUUCAAAGGAGAGAAGAUUGCUCUAGAUGAGGGAGACAUAGAGAUCACCUACCCCUUCAACCCUCCAGAGGAUCAGCUGCAGAACGGACAGAAAGAGGGUGAAGAGCAGAACGGAGAACAGAGUGGAGAAACAAGUGAUGUGCAAACAGAGACCAAGCCAGCCAGGAGGUUCAUCAUUGGGUCUGUUCGAAGAGCUGUCAGGGACUACAGUGUCCCAGAAAUCAGUCUUUUCCCAGAGGAGAAUGCUGAGGGGAAGAAGGUCAUCUUCAGAGAUACAUCUGAGGAUGCCAGGAUUUUUGGCUUCCCCAUCAAGGCUAAAUCUAUCAUCAUUAAUGCUGGACUGUGGCUUGUGUACGCACAUCCCUUCUUCCAGGGUGUACCACGUGUCCUGGAGGUAGGGGGGUAUUCCAACCCUGCGGCUUGGGGAGUGGAACAGCCCUAUGUGGGAUCACUACAUCCACUUAAAGUAGGGGAACCAAGAGUGGAAAAUAUGAGUGAACCAAAGAUGGUGAUCUACGAAAAGCCAUACUUUACCGGGAAAUCGAGGACCGUAACCACAAACAUGAGAGACUUCAUGACCAGAGCAGACUGGCAGCAGACAGCCUUUAUGUACAGCGUUGGCUCCCUAAAAGUCCUUGGAGGAAUCUGGGUGGGCUACGAGAAGGAGGGCUUCCGAGGCCACCAGUACCUGCUGGAGGAGGGAGAGUACCAUGACUGGAGGGUGUGGGGAGGCUGUGAUCCUGAGCUGCGCUCUGUUCGGGUGAUACGAGCAGACCUGUCAGAUCCCUUGAUGGUGAUGUUUGAACAGCCAGAAGAAGACCAGGAGGGUUUGGAGGCAGAAAACACCUUCGAGGUGACGGAGGCCAUUCCUGACGUUGAGCUGUUUGAGUACAAAACCUCAACGCGCUCCAUCCAUGUACUCAGUGGGGCAUGGAUAGUCUAUUCGCAUGUUGACUUCUCUGGUCACCAGUACAUCUUAGAGAAAGGUUUCUAUAAUAACUGUGCUGACUGGGGUUCUCCGGACACGCGCAUCUGCUCAGCGCAGCCUAUCCUACUGGCUCCAACUGACAGCUCAGGGACCAGGAAUGAGCUAAUACUGUACUCUGAGCCACACUUCCAGGGCGAGUGUUACGUCUUCGAUCGCAACCAAGAGGCCUUGGCAGAAAAUUUACAGACCAAGUCCUGUCGAGUGUCAGGGGGAAGCUGGGUGCUCUACGAGAAUAAACAGUACUCUGGGAACUUGUAUGUCUUAUCUGAAGGAGACUAUCCCAAUUCAACCAGCAUGGGAUGUCCACCUAACUGCACCUUUCGCUCAGCCAAAGUCGUGCCAAUGACAUUCUCAAUUCCUUCCAUCUCUCUCUUUGGCCUUGAGUGUCUGGAGGGCAGAGAGAUCACCGUGGAUACAGAGAUCUUCAGCAUGGUUGAAGAGGGCUUCAACAACCACAUUCUGUCUGUCAGAGUCAACAGUGGCUGUUGGGUGAUAUGUGAACACAGCAACUACAGGGGGCGCCAAUUCCUACUGGAACCAAUUGAAAUCACCAACUGGCCAAAGUUUAGCUCAAUACAGACUAUUGGCUCAAUGUUCCCAGUCAGACAGAAGCGCCGCUAUUUGCGCAUCAAGAACAAAGAGAGGGGUCACUUCUUGUCCGUCCAGGGCGGCGUGGAGGAGUUGAAAUCAGGACGAGUGGUUGUGACACCCGAAGCGGAGCCAUUGAGUGACAUCUGGUUUUAUCAGGACGGAUUCAUCAAAAGCAAGUUGUCCCCGACCAUGAGCCUUCAGGUGAUGGGCAACAUAGAGCCAGGAGCCAAGGUGGUUUUGUGGGCGGAGACCCGGCAACCUACACAGACCUGGACAGCUCUGAUGAUAGGCCCCAUUGUCAGCCUUACUUUUCCUGGCUGCGUCCUAGAUGUCAAAGGCGGUAAAACUUACGACAAGGACCAUGUGGUGAUUAUGCCGGAGGAUGAGGAGAGGCCAAGCCAACAGUGGGAGAUAGAGCUGCUCUAACCUGCUAUACAAAAGUCAUAUUUCUCAUGUUCUCGUGUUAAGCUUUCCUCAGCAGUGCCUGGAACCUCUGUCACUUUGUAUAUAUGUAUAUAUAUACACACACACACAUACAUAUACAUAUACAUGUGUGUGUGUGUGUGUGUGUGUGUGUUUUUCAAAUUAUGCCUAAAUCCAUAACUAGUGUGAACAUUGGGAGAAUGAGAAUGUAAUUGACUUUGACUUUUAUUGGAUGAUAUCACUUGUCGAAUAUGUGAGCAUUCAAACUAGAAUCCCUAUUUUGCCUGAUUACAGGCUUAUGCAAAGUCAAUGACUGUAGAAGAACCUGUAGUUGAUGCUUUAAUAUCUUUGUUUUAAUAUGGCUGCCAGUGCUUCAUACAGAUGGUGGACAAGUUAAGCCAAACAAAUGUGUGCAAGAAGCGUAUGCAAUUUUUUCAAGGUA